CUUCCAAUAUGGCGGCUCCCGCAUAAGUCGGCCAACAGGGCGCCGCCAUACUAUCUCGUAGUGUCUUUGUCUAAAAGACCGAAAGCUGAACGGAAUCUUCAUCGGUGGAAGGACGCCCCCGGUGUGGUGGUUGGCAACCCGCAGACUCGGAUACCAAAGACGUUAAACUUGACCUGGGAGAUGCAAUAGUAGCGCUUGUGAGUCUAAAGCCGAAGUGAUGGACCGUGGCCCUUUCGACCAACCCAACUGGUCCUGGCUUCCUGGGAUAAAAUAGUUCUUAUGAAGGAAGGAAGUGAAGAUACAAAGAUCAACGCUGCAUCCUUGACCAGAGACCUUGAACUGGAGCUUCAGAAAACAGCCCAGAAUCAACAACAGAGCAGAUAUUAGACUUUCUGACGGUGUCUAAGGGCCCCAGAAAAUGUCCAAGUCCCCAGGCUUACUGUCAUUCAAGGAUGUGGCUGUGGUUUUUACAUGGGAGGAGUGGCAGCUACUGGACCCCAUUCAGAAGCACCUGUAUCAAGAUGUGAUGUUGGAAAAUUAUAGCAACCUGGUAUCAGUGGGGUGUCAAGUUACCAAAGCAGAUGCAUUCUACCAGUUGGAACAAGGACCACCAUGGAUAACAGAGGAAGAAAUCCAGAGUCAGAUUCAUCCAGAUGACACCUGGCAAGUGGAUAGUCAUACAGACUGGCACCAAGAAAACCAAGGCAACCUUGAAACUAUGGAGAGUCACCACAUAAAUAACCCAUUUAGAAAAAUAUUGUCUCUAAGCUUAAAUUCUGAUGUCCCUUUAGCACAAAGAUCCCAUACAUUUGACGUACUUGGGAAACACUUGAAACCUAACGUAGAGCACAUUAUUCAGAAUAAAAGCUAUGCAAGAAACGAAGUGGAAUUUAAUGGGUACGACAAAGUAGUUCUUUAUACCAAGCAUGGGAAAAUUCAUAAUGGAGAAAAAUAUAAUGAAUUUAAUGAACAUUUGAAGGCUUUCGGCCAUAAGUCACAGCUUAUUGAACAUUGGAAGACUCAAGCAGGAGAGAAACAGUUUAACUGCAGUGACUAUGGGAGAGUCUUUUCCCAGAAGGCAGACCUCAUUAAGCAUCAGAGAACACACACAGGAGAGAAACCCUAUGGUUGCAGUAGAUGUGAGAAAGCCUUCAGCCGGAAGUCCCAUCUCAUUUUACAUCAGAGAACCCACACAGGAGAGAAACCUUAUGAAUGCAAUAAAUGUGGGAAAGCUUUUGCUGAUAAGUCAUGCCUUAAUAAACACCAGAGAACUCACACAGGAGAGAAACGGUUUGAGUGUCGCCUAUGUCAGAAAAGCUUCGGCGGUAAGUCACAACUCACCUCACAUCAAAGAACUCAUACAGGACAGAAGCCCUACAGGUGUGGUGAGUGCGAGAAGAGCUUCAGCAACAAGUCACAGCUCAUUAUUCAUCAGAGAUCUCACACGGGAGAGAAACCUUACGGUUGCGACAAAUGUGGGAAAAAUUUCCCCCUUAAGUUUAGCCUCAUUUUACAUCAAAAAACUCAUACAGGGGAAAAACCUUACGGAUGCAGUGACUGUGGAAAAGCCUUCAUCCAGAGAUCUGAGCUCAUUAGACAUCAGAGAACUCACACAGGAGAGAAACCUUAUCAUUGCAGUGAAUGUGGAAAAGGCUUCAGUGUAAAGUCACUCCUCAAUACUCACUGGAGAACUCAUACGGGAGAGAAACCCUAUGGGUGCAGUGAAUGUGGAAAGACAUUCUCCAUCAAGUUUAGUCUCAUCCUACACCAAAGAACACAUACGGGUGAGAAACCUUAUGAAUGCAGUCAGUGUCAGAAAGCUUUCACCCAAAAGUCACACCUCACUAUUCAUCAGCGGUCUCACACCGGAGAGAAACCUUACGAGUGUAGCGAAUGCCACAGAGCCUUCAGCCGGAAGUCCUAUCUCCUCAUUCACCAGAGAAUUCACUCAGGAGAGAAACCGUAUGAAUGCAUCCAGUGUGGGAAGACUUUCUCUCACAAGUUUAGCCUUAUUAUUCAUCAGAGAAUCCAUACAGGAGAGAAACCCUAUGGAUGCAGUGAAUGUGGGAAAACUUUUCCUAUUAAGUUCAGCCUCGUUUUGCAUCAGAAAACACACACGGGAGAGAAACCCCACGAAUGCAGUGAAUGUCAGAAAUCUUUUGCCCAGAAGUCACAUCUUAUUAUCCAUCAAAGAACUCACACAGGGGAGAAGCCUUAUGGAUGCAGUGAGUGUUGGAAAACUUUCUCCCACAAAUUCAGCCUCAUGUUACAUCAGAAAACUCAUAGGGGAGAGAAAUCAUGAAAUAUCCAAAACUUGUCUUUGAGAGUGAAUGGCUCAUAACACCAGAGCUUACAUAGGAGCAAAACAAAGGCUACCGAUGUGGACACACUUUUUUUUUUCCCCAAGCUCGCACGUCAUCGCUUAUAAGACGAUGGUACUGGGUAGAAUGCCAGACAGCAGGAAAUCCCUUCCCCAGUACAUUUCAGGUGAAUGUGGCCCAGAGGGAACAAAUAGGAGGGAAGAUCUGUGUGUGUGUGUGUGUAUAGAUUGUGAAGAUGUUGUUGGCAUGAAAUCCUGCUACGCUGAUAAUCAGAGAACUGACACUGAGGAAAAAAAAAUCUAUACUUUAAUGAAUCUGAGGAAUCAUCUUUCAUGGGUGUUGUUUUAUGAGGGAUGUCAUAUUCUGUAAUUGUGACACAAUAGACAAUUAUGGGAAAUAUUAAGUAUGUAAAUAUAUGUGUCAGAAAAUAAAGCAAAAAUUAUAUAACUA